AUGGGAGACCAGGCAGCGGCCAUGCAGAGUCACAUUCCGUUACCCCCGAAACUAGAUUUAGGCGGGAACAUUUCUCAAACAUGGAAAACGUGGAAACAAAUAUGGAACUCUUACGUGAUAGUGACAGGACUUGCAGACAAAGACAAUGCGUACCAAGUGGCAACGUUUAUUACCUGCAUCGGACAUGAAGCAUUAGAGGUAUAUAACGGACUUCCGUUCAGAGAUGAAAAUGAAAAAAAUGACCCCACUGUCAUCCUAAGAUUAAUGGAGGAGUACUGUGUGGGAAAGACAAACACGAUAUAUGAAAGGUACGUCUUUAACAACAAGCAUCAGGAAUCCAGUGAAUCUGUGGACGCUUACGUCACAAAAUUGAGGAAACUAUCACUGACAUGUGAGUUUGGCCAGUUAGCAGAUCAGAUGAUACGAGACAGAAUAGUCUGUGGCAUAAAAGACAAUGCAGUUAGAAAAAAGUUACUACAAGAAGCUGACUUGUCAUUACAGAAGUGCUUUGACAUAUGUCGAGCAGCUGAAAAGACUGCAACCCAGAUUAAAUCUAUGAACCUGCAAUAUGAAGUUCAUGCACUGAACAAGUCAUCUAGAAAACCUCUCAAGGCCAACGCUCCACACAAGGAACAGAGAAAAGGAGGAAAGCCUCAUCACGCCGGAGGAAAACCUCAUCACGCAUCAGGGAAAUCUCACCAAGCAAAGAAAACCUCGUGCAGCUUUUGUGGAUAUCAGCAUCCAAGAGAGAAGGAAGCUUGUCCAGCUUACGGCAAAGUCUGUGCAAAUUGUGGCAACAAGAACCACUUUAAAUCCGUAUGCCGACAACCCGAGAAGAGAGUACAUUUGUUGGAGAACUGCGACUCUGACUCUACAUCUGAUGAUGAAAUUCUCAGUGUGGAACAGACCUCGGGAAAAGAACAUCCAAAGAAAUUAUUCGCUCGUAUGAAAAUUAAUGACCAGUCAAAACUAGUGAAGUUUCAGAUUGACUGUGGUGCAACCUGCAAUGUGUUAAGCCAGGACAUUAUCCCGAAAAAUGUGAGACUUCAUAGAGGACAGCACACCUUGAGAGUCUACAAUGGCCAAGAGAUGAAGACCAUUGGUGCCUGCGAAAUUACCUUGACCAAUCCAAAGAACGGAGAAAGUUAUGAUGAGAACUUUGUCGUUGUCAAUAGUGGGUCACACCCCAUUCUGGGUUCAAGCACAAGUCAACGUAUGAAAUUAAUUGCUGUACAGCAUGAUAACAUCAUGAACAUAGAGGACUCCGCUGAGGAUCGGAAACUCUCUAUGGAAGAAAUUGAGAAGAAGUUUGGAGACAUCUUCACUGGAAAUGGACGUUUCAGUGAACAAGUACAUCUGGAAGUAGAUAAUACGGUUCCCCCAGUGAAACUUCCAUUGCGACGAGUCUCAGUCGCAGUCAAACCCCUACUACAGCAAGAGCUGAAAAGGCUGGAAGGGUUACAAGUCAUUGAAGCAGUGAACCAGCCAACUGACUGGGUCUCGAGCCUCUUAGCAUUCAAGAAAUCCAAUGAUGAGCCGUCCAGCUAUCUUACAACCUUCGAAACUCCAUAUGGACGUUAUCGCUGGCGUCGUCGACCAUUUGGGGUCUCACCAGCACCGGAAAUAUUCCAGCAUCGAUUGGAACUAGCCAUUCAAAACUUACCUGGUGUUAAGGCUGUAGCAGAUGACAUCCUCAUCUACAGAGAAGGAGAAAGUGAAGAGGAAGCCAUACGUGACCAUGAUCAGAAGCUGAGCAGAUUCCUUUAUCGUUGCCGUGAACAAGGAAUCAAGUUGAACAAGGACAAGUUCAAGUUGCGACUAAAAGAAAUGCCCUACAUUGGACAUGUACUGACAACCAAGGGACUGAAGCCUGACCCUCAUAAAGUACAGGCUAUCAUUGACUUUGAAACUCCUAAGGAUGUAGCCGGUGUUCAUAGAUUCCUAGGACUAGUGAACUACCUAGCCAAGUUUAUGAACAACUUAAGUGUCAUGUGCGAUCCGAUUCGUUCCCUCAUACACAAGAACGUUGUUUGGAGAUGGACACAUGAGCAUGAAGAAGCCUUUAGCAAGAUCAAAGAAGCAAUAUCACAGGCACCUGUAUUGAAAUACUUCGACUCGAAACUAGAAACGACGCUGCAGUGUGAUGCAUCAAGCACUGGACUUGGCGCAACCCUUCUACAGCAAGGACAGCCUAUCGCUUAUGCGAGCAGAGCCUUGACUCCAGCUGAACAGCAGUAUGCACAGAUUGAAAAAGAGCUAUUGGCUGUGGUGUUUGGAAUGGAACGAUUCAACCAGUACACAUAUGGACGAAAAGUACUUGUGGAAAGCGACCACAAACCCUUAGAAAUAAUUCACAAGAAACCUCUGAUCUCCGCUCCAAAACGCCUUCAACGCAUGUUAUUGAGACUACAGAAGUACGAAAUUGAGAUCAUGUACAAGCCAGGCAAGGAAAUGUACGUGGCAGACGCUCUAUCCAGAGCUCAUCCCAAAAAACUAUCCAAAGAAGCUUGUACAGAAGAAGUGUUCAAGAUAUUUGAAGAUAUCAACAUGGUGGAAUACCUACCAAUCUAA